CCGCUGGCUUCUUAUUUCUCAAAUCGCGGAAGCCUCGGAAGCCUCCACAUGUGGAGGCAAAACUUGUGAACUUCGCAAACAAACUUCCAAUAAAAUGAGCUCAAAACUAGCACUUUAUGGCUAACUUCUCACGUUCACAACUUGAAAAUGAGUUCUACCACCAAGCAGCUUUUUCCUUUGAGCAUGGGAAGGAAGCGUGUUGGGCUUUUGUUGAGUCCAAAGAAGAAACGUAAGAGUGUCUUUGACUCCUUCAUCGAGUUGUGUAGCGAGACUGGCAUCGAACUCAUUGAAAUUGAUCUUAAUAUUCCCCUGGAAGAUCAAGGACCAUUUGAUAUUAUACUUCAGAAGAUUACAGAUUACAUGGCCCAGGCUACAGAUGGUGAUGAACAUGCUUUAAAAACUAUACAAAGUUUAGAGCACUAUCUGGAUUGCCACCCAGAGGUCAAAGUUCUGGAUCCGCUAGACUGUGUGCAAAAACUCUGCAACCGUUUAGUCAGUUAUCAAGUGAUGAAACAAUGUGAAUUUAUAGAAGAUGGAAUUAGGACAUACAUGCCAAACUUUGUGAGAAUAGAUUCAACAGAUUUGGAUGAAAAUAUUAGAAGGAUUAGAACGGCAAAUGUUCAGUUCCCCAUGGUGUGUAAACCACUCAUUGGACAUGGAUCAGACCAGAGUCAUAGGAUGUCAUUACUGUUCAAUGAAGAUGGAUUAAAAGACGUUACACCUCCCUGCGUUGUACAGCAUUUCGUUAAUCACAAUGCGAUAUUGUAUAAAGUCUUUGUAGCAGCAAAUCACUACCAUACUGUAGAUAGGCCAUCCAUAAAAAACUUUUAUAAGAAAAAAGAUAAUCAACCAACGAUCUUCUUUAAUAGCCAUGAUGUUUCAAAAGCAGAGUCAUCUUCACAUUUAAGUCAGUUGGAUGAAAUUGAUAACACAGGCAAAGCUACGCCAACAGAUGAAGUUGUUGUAGCUAAAAUUGUCAACAAACUACAAAAUGAACUGGGUCUUUCAAUGUUUGGAAUUGACAUUGUUAUUGAAAAGGGAACAUCCAAUCAUGUUGUCAUUGACAUCAAUUAUUUUCCUGGGUACGAAGGAGCUCCGUCAUUUCCUGCAGACAUGGUCAACUACAUCAAUCAAAUUCUGUUCACUGAUCAAAAUGGUGUGUAAAAUACUUAUAAAUGAGAGUCAAAUGCAUUCAACACAUCUGAAAAAACAUAAUGAAAAAUCAUUAAGGAUUAAUAAAACAAGGUACUUCAUGCUUCUUUGAACUCUGCACUUUCAAUGUGUAGUUCCAGAAUUGUCCAUACCCCCCCCCCUCCCACUCCCCCAAGGAGGAAUUUUUUUCAGACCACCUUUACUACCAGAAAUUCCAGUUUUCUUCAAUACAAACUCUGUAAUUUUGUUCUUUCUAUGACCCCCACCCUCAGAAUUUCCAAAUUCCUCUGUGGGGAGGGGGGUAUGGAUAAUUUCUGUAACUACGCAAUGUCAUAAAUCACGCCAUCAAUCAACAGAGCUUAAAAUAACAGCUGGUCAUCAGACAAUGUCAAGCCAGAAUUGAAACUUGUCUGGCCAAAUGUUUUAGUCAGAAAAGAGUCCAGUGAUUAUAAGUGACGACUUACCAGCCAUUAUUUUUAAGCCCUGAUCAAAAAUGUACUGACCAAUGCUGUUGUCAAUUUGAUUGAUGGAAGUGACACUGCAGAGAAAGACGUAAGGAUUUCACAGAAAAACGAAAAGUUCUGUCCACACCCCAUACACGAACCCUGAGUCCAAUUUAGUUUUGAUUUUUUAUUCUUAAACAUGCUUUCCCAGACCACUUAUAGGUGGGCGUAUGAAGAUGAAAUUUGUUUUGGUCAAUUAUUUAAAUUGCCAACCAAAAAUUUGUUGGACAAUCUAAUAAAGCAAAGUGACAAAACGUAUUGUUAAGAUGGUUGGCACAGCUUUACAUCCACAUAUUUCCUGGCAUUGACUAGCGGAGGAGACUAGGAUCGACUCUGAUCAUUAUGAAGUAUGCCAGAAAAUAUGCCAAUUACUAAUUAAGGUAUAAAGUCAUUCAUUAAUGCAUGAACAUAAAGAAAGAGGUUUUAAAAAAAGGUACACUUUGAACAUAGUUAUCUUUUCAGACCAUAGCUAAAAUGUUUAUUUAAUAGUGUAUGGGAAGGACAUUCAUUUUCAGCCAUUUUUAUGCAGUCACAGUCACAUGAAUUCAUACAAUUUGACAUCAGGUCAAAAAUAGGGUUUUGGUAGAUUACCAUAUCUGUCAAAGUGUUUCUAUAUCAAUGUCAGAAAGCACAAAGCUUUCAAGGGCACGUGCCUAUAGGAUGUCAUGGAAAUGGCUUGACUGACAUUACCCUGCAAGCAGGGUAGAUCGACAUCCACCAAAAUCUACUUUGUCGAAAUAGCAAAUUGUACGUUUUGCAAGUUAUCAAAAUUUCCUCCACCAUCCAGCUGUGUUAUCUAGGAUAAAAUCUAAAGCCCUUUUCAACAAGAAAGACUCAAAUGAAAAAUAAGUUUCCUGUUGUAAAAAAUUAAAGUGGGGAAAUAAUACUAUGGUAAAAGGCCAUUAAAAUAAUUAUUGUUACUAA